UCUUCACGCCUUAUAAAAGUGCAAUUCUUGUUAGAAGGGCAAUUGUGAGAGGAAAACAUCUGAAAAAUUCCUUAAACGUAUAUGAAGAUUACUAAAUAGAGUUCGUCUACGUGUCGAGUCUCGUAAGUCGAAAAUUUUCAACAAUUCACGAAAGACAGCGUUCUUUCUCAUGGGUUAGAAAUUUCUAACCAUUGACUUUGACAUUUAGUUCUUGAAACGUCACUGCGUUAAGUCUCCUUGCUUUUUCCUUUCGUUUUUCGUCAUUCGUGUUUACAUUCUUCCGUUCAUUUUCGCCAAUAAUUGCUUCUUCACCUUUCGUUCGUUCUAAGGAUUAUUUAUUUUAUUACAUUGUUAUACCAUCAAUUUUUUAAUUGUGUUCUCUUAUAUACCCACCCCUAUUGUUCUUUCUCUGUUUUUACCCCACGUUUUACUUUCUUCCUCAUAUUCGUUUAUAGCUUUAUAAAGAAAGGUGUAAAUUUCGAACAUAAAGAUUCCCUAAAUAUAACUAAUUAAAGUCUCCGUUGGGAAGGAAGAGUCUUGUAGUCGGAAUUGUUAUUUGUUUACUUUUGAUAAAUACUACUUCCACCAAACGGUUUUUGAUAUUUUUAGAAUCCUGCCCGAAAAGAGACAACCUUGUUUUAAAUAAUUCUUCUUUUAUUGUUUAUCUAUUUUUAUUAUAUUCCCUUAUGGAUUUAGGACGACAAAAAUCUCCAAGCUUUGUCGACAAUGAGGCAUUCCCCCACGAUGUUCAAUCGAGCCAUGAGAAUCCUUUUGAAACUCCUUUAGAAUUAGAAUCAAGAGAGAAAGCCUCAAAAAAAUCGGUUGAUGUUGCAAAUGUGGAUGAGGGGGUAAUCAACCCUGAACUUUCGCUAUCUGGUCAUCAUGGAUUUAAUGAUACUGUGGAAUGCCAACCUGUAAGCAAACGAAUUUGGGCUCUUGCUGCAUCUGCAGGAAUCGGUGGGCUUUUAUUCGGAUAUGAUACGGGCGUUAUUUCUGGCGCUCUCGUCGUUAUCGGAAAUAGCCUAGGGAAAACUAUAACCGACGGGGACAAAGAAUACAUCACAUCAUCUACCUCUCUAGGGGCUCUUAUAGGUGGUAUCACCGCCGGCGCCCUUGCUGACUUCCUUGGUAGAAAACCGGUAAUUGCUAUUGCUAGUAUUAUCGUCAUUAUUGGCUCUAUAGUGCAGGUUACUGCCCAUAGCUUAUGGCACAUGAUUGGUGGCCGUUUUGUUAUUGGUAUUGGCGUCGGUCUAGCUUCCCUCAUCGUCCCUCUGUACCUAAGUGAAUUAGCACCAUCUAAAAUCCGUGGUCGUCUUGUGAUCGUAUAUGUAUUUCUGAUUACCCUUGGUCAAGUUAUUGCAUACGGUAUCGAUACUGCUUUUGAGCACGUUAAACAUGGUUGGCGCUGGAUGGUAGGUCUUGCUAUUGUUCCAGCUUUCUUUCAAUUGGUGAUUUUGGUGUGGCUUCCAGAGUCUCCUCGCCUUUUGAUAAAAAAAGAAAAAGCUGAGAAAGCUUACAAUACUUUAGCAAGUAUUUAUCCUACAGCUCAUCCAUAUGAGAUUCAAACUAAACUUCAUCUUAUUCAGGAGGGUGUUCGUGAUCCUUUUUCUGGUACAAGAUUGCAAAAGGUUAUGAAGACAUUGAAAGAACUCUAUUUUGUACCUUCCAAUUUUCGUGCUCUCAUCCUUGCUUGCAGCUUACAAGCAUUGCAACAGCUUUCUGGAUUCAAUUCUCUCAUGUACUUUUCAAGUACUAUCUUCCAAACUGUCGGAUUCGAUAAUCCAACCGCAACUGGUCUUAUUAUAGCUGGAACCAAUUUUGUUUUUACCAUUGCUGCUUUCUCAGUGAUUGAUCGGUUUGGUCGUCGGCUACUAUUGUUAGUUACUCUACUAGGUAUGAUUGCCGCACUCAUAGUAUGUGCAGUCGCUUUCCAUUUCUUACCGAGAGACAAAAAUGGAAAUUUCUCAGCAGGGCAGAGCAAUCCAUGGGCUAUUGUUAUUUUAAUUUCCAUGAUUGUUUAUGUUGCGUCGUAUGCUUCUGGUCUUGGCAAUCUUCCUUGGCAGCAAUCGGAGUUGUUCCCAAUGUCUGUUCGUGGGUUAGGUACAGGUAUGGCUACCGCGGUAAAUUGGGCAAGUAACUUGGCAAUCGGUGCUACUUUUUUGACCCUAAUGAACAAAAUCACUCCUACUGGCACGUUCGCAUUAUAUGGUGGCCUUUGCGCUGCCGGCUGGGUUAUGUCAUAUUUCUGCUAUCCAGAAUUUGCUGAUUACACAAUUGAAGAAAUCAGUAUUUUGUUGAAAGACGGCUUUGGCGUUAAGGAAAGUAUGGAGCACCUGCGAAGGGUUCGUCAGGAACAUGCUUGGUCUCGAGAGGACAACCAGACAAAAGCUUAGCUUUGGUUGUGACUUUAAAUGAUUUGUAAAUAUGAAGAUUUGCCCAUAUGCCUUUGGGGUACUUUUUUUUUAUCUGUUUUUAUUUGUACAAGAUAUCCUUUUUUCUUGAAUGUUUUCGCUUAUUUUCUGUUUGAUGAAAAAUAUGUUAUGAUCUACUCUUUUGUUUGUUCUGUGUGCGUAUAGUUAUGUGAUUUUUAUUGUUCGUAUGAGACGUUUAUAUGACAAUACCCAUUUUCAGUAUCUUAGCUAAAUGAAUAUAUUAAUUCUAUCGUUAUGCAGGGUUUAAUUCUUCAAUGUAAUUAGAAGGAAACAAUCCUACAGGACCAACUGUAGGUUCAACAACACGACCCUUCCACCAGCCGUCUUUUUGUCGAUUCAAGACAAUUAGUACAUCGCCUGAUCGCAUGCUAAUUUCUGAAGAAAGUAGAGCUCUGUAGUUAUACAAUGCCCGAACUAAUCAAAAAGUUAAUAAAUAUCUGACUGAAAAGACAUACCGUAAGCAUAAAUAGGAAAUCCAUCAGGCGUUAUCAAUGGAUGUGUCGAAAAGUAUUUCUUUAAACUAUCGCUCUCCGACAGAACUGUCUUUGAUGAAGGAAACCCAGAAGAAAUGUGAUUUUUAUCAGAAUUUUUAUUGUUUAUAGUUUCAGGAUACAAAUUAUUACGAGAAGAGGAAGGUGAAGACAUCAAAGGAAAUUCCCAGCUACUGGUAUUGGGCACUUGCGAAGCAUUUACCCUUUCUUUUUUCGUAUAUGAAGAGGGAAAUAUAUGUUUCCCCGGGUCGUUGACUGCAUGAAAAUCUUGCAGGUCUCUUUUGGCAGUAUCUUUUAAUGUUUCUGACGGAGUCAUGUUCACUGGCAAAGGCAUCUCUCUAUUCUCAGGUAUCGCAGACGACUUUUUUAAAGAGCUAAAGUGAUUUAAAUCUUUUGAAAUAAGAGGGUUGAGACGUAACAUCGUUAAUGCCUCACUUAGUUUAGAAGUACGAUUUUCUAGCUCAGCAUACUCAAUGUAUGAAGGAGAGAGCGACCUAUCCAGCUCAGGGCUGGCUUUGGAAGAAUGAAGGGAUAAUAGUGAAGAAGAAGAUGAUGGCGACUUCUCUCGUUGCUGGCUAAAUUCCGGAUUCGUGUAGAGUAUAAAAUUUUCCAUGCU